GCGUGUCGUCAUGAGCAACAACAAACCAAGUAGCUCAGACAGCGGAGCCGUGUUGUUGUCAGUGACAGACAGCAGCCAUCAGGCAUCAACUCACGGGGGCGUCUACGCGCACACAUUUAACUCUGGUUCGCCGGGUGCUCUUUGGGUUUCGUCAGUGAACUGGUUCGCCGGCCAUUGGAUGCUUUCUCUGUGUGUAUCCGCCCUCCUCCUCCACCGCACUGUCGUUAGCUUAGCCUGCUAGCUAUUCGUGACUUUAUGACACGCGUGUGGAUGGGAGCGCUCUUCCUCAUUGCGUCCUGUUAAAGAGGCACUUCUGCUCUCAGUGGCAGACCCGGCGCAGGAAGAAAAGCUUCGCACACUUCCACAUCUUCACUAGCGGCCAUGGAGCAUCACGUCGCGGCGAUGGGCUGCGUGAACAUGGGCAGUCUGACCAGCACCCUGCCGGUGAUUCCCUACCAGAAGCUGACGGACCUGUACUACGUGAGCAGGGGGGGAUUCGGCACCGUGUUCAAGGCGCAGCACUCGGACUGGAGGACCACCGUGGCUAUCAAGUGCCUGAAGCUCGACUCUCCUGUGGGAGAAAGAGAGAGGAGCUGCCUGCUGAAGGAGGCCGAGGUGCUCCACAAAGCCAGAUUCAACUACAUCAUCCAGAUCUUUGGCAUCUGCAACGAGCCCGAGUUCUUCUGCAUAGUCACAGAGUUCAUGAGCAACGGCUCUCUGGACCUGCUACUCCAUGAGAAAGACACAUACCCUUAUCUCGCAUGGCCUUUACGACUGAGGAUCCUGUAUGAAAUCGCACUGGGGGUCAACUUCCUUCACAACAUGAGCCCACCCCUCCUACAUCAUGACUUAAAGACACAAAACAUACUGCUGGAUGAUGAAUUUCAUGUCAAGAUUGCAGACUUUGGCCUUUCAAAAUGGCGCCAGCUCUCUGUCAGUAAAGGCUCAGGUUCCAAGCCCACAGAGAUGGGUGGCACAGUGAUCUACAUGCCCCCGGAGAAGUACGAACCAUCCAAGAACCGCCGCGCCGAUGUGAAACAUGACAUGUACAGUUAUGCCAUCAUCAUGUGGGAGGUGUUGUCUAGGCAGAUACCAUUCGAAGAAGUGACAAACCCAAUGCAGAUCAUGUUCAGUGUGCUGCGUGGUAUGCGUCCAGAUACGAGCUUGGACAGCCUGCCCGCUGACAUCCCCAGCAGAGGGACCCUCAUCGAUUUGAUGACCUGCGGCUGGACCACCAAUCCCGACGAACGACCGUCCUUCCUCAAGUGUUUGAUUGAGCUGGAGCCCAUGGUGAGAAACUUUGACGAGAUCGACUUUUUAGAAGCCGUGCUGCAGAUCCAGAGGUCAAAGUUAAGGCAGAGAACGGGCUGCUGUUUGGCUCAGUCGGUGUCCGGGCUGAAUGACAGGCCCAGCCCCCCAGAGAGCUCCACCUCAGGCUCAGGCUCCUGUUCAUCUCAGGCCUCAGACAUAUCUCUACCAGGACCUCUCAACAGUGGCAGUACAGCAGGGGCUACAGGUAGCUGUCUACCGUCAUGCCUCGACAUCAGGCUGGAGCCUCCAAAGUCUCUGAAGGACCCUAGCCAAGAAAACAACCUCAACACAGACCAGACCAACAAACCCCUGAAUGUUUGGAAUAUUCCCAUCAAACCUGGCCGGCCGAUUCCCGAGUGCCCAACUCAACUGGACGACCAAUACCUCAAGCCACAGCCGCAGCAGCAAGCAGCAGAGCACUUUCCUACACUGCAGCCCUCUCUGACCUCACAAGGCCCCAUCACUCAGUGGAUGGCGACUCAUCGCGAGGAGAUCGUCUCCCAGAUGACAGAGGCCUGCUUGAACCAGAUCCUGGACGCCCUGUUGGCCCGCACAAUGCUGAUGCAAGAAGAUUACGAAUUUGUGAAAAACCAGCCCACGCGCACCGCCAAGGUCCGCCAGCUCCUGGACAACUGUCACCGUCACAACGAAGACUCCUGUCGCAUCAUCGUCCGCAAGCUGUACGACAACAAGCAGAUGGGCCUGAAGCCGUAUCCGCCUGAAAUCAGCUCCCCGACCACCUUCGUGGCUCCCAGUGCUCCGCCUGCUUACACGUCCCAGCCAAGCAGUACAGACAACUACAGUUGACUCUCAGUGGUUCUGCUGUCAUCAGGGUGGUGAACCUGGUUCUGUACUUCCCUCAGAAGACUGAGGCACGGCUGCUUGAGGAAAAGGAGACACAGUAACAGGUGGUUUUGAAAUGCAAUUUCAACUUCAACCAGAGAUGGACUAGAUUCUGUUUUAUCAGAAUCAAAAUAUGUUUGACUGAAUCAGUGAUUUUUAUUUUACAAUGUCAUGGAUUUACUGAGGUGAUUUGUUUAUAGUCUUUUCAUACUGACUGGAUAUAUGACAGGGUUUCACUCCUUUUUGGAUGUCUCUCCUCUUCAAAUUAGCAUUGAUUAUGUAGCCUAUAACACUUAUGUGUGUAUAUGUGUUGAACACAAAGAUUCUUGGUAAUCUCAGUUGAUCUGAGUAAAUGACGGGAGGACUGUUAAUAUGCUGGAAAACCUGCAGCUAAAACAAAGUUUAUUCCUGCUGUAGCAAUCUUAUGUUAAACUAUCAUGUAGUUGUGACCCAAGUUUCCUGAUAAUUCCAAUUAUUCACAAAUCCGAGAGACUGUCUUUGUUUGAAAACAUUUAAGAAAAUGCCUAGUCAGAAAAGCUUUACAGCUGUUUAUAGCGUGGUGGUUUUGAACGUCAACAGCUUCUCGUAAUUCAGCUGAAACAUAGGGAUGAGUUAAUUUGCUGGAAUGGGGUCUUGUGACUGUCCUCCUCCAUUAACUGUUAAGAUAAAGACUGGCUAGGACGUGUGAGGAAGCUGAGAUCGUAACAUAAAACCCACAAUGAGGGGUAUGCGUGUGUGUGUCUGCAUGUGUAUUCCUCGAGUGAAAAUGGAACAAAGUAAUCAGCCUUCUGAUUUGUUUAAUCUUCUAAAAAGUGGCCUCAGCUCUCAGUAUUUAUUAUAAUACUCACUUUAGACACUUUAGACUUGUGGUGUCAGGAGUCACAGUUCUUCCAUUCGCUCUGAGCUAAGGUUGAACGUUUUUUUUAUCCUACUGAGCCGAUACAAUUGCAAAACACAAGCAGGAAAACAAACCUGCUGUGCUUGUAGGUUCAGUCGUUUUGUUUCUCUUCACUUUUCUACUGUAUCUGUGCUGCCUAAUCUGCUGAAAAUGAAAGUAGUAAAUGUUUCUGUCUGUUUCUAUAAAACAUUCAGUUCGCAUUAAAUCAGUUGCAAUAGUGGAUCGACGUAAAAACUAUUUUAAACCUGUUUUUCAGCUGCACAGUUCACUUAUACUUAAUUCAUUCCUUUGUGCCGCCGAGAAUGAAGUGAAGAAACUAUUAAUUUAUUUUUUCUUUGUCGUUUGACUAAUUGUUUCAUCUCUGGUGUGAAUGUAGCUAGUUUUUUCAUGAAUAGCCUUUGAGUCCUCUUCAGUGAUUUCACUCUGAAAUAGGUGCUUAGAUAACAGUAUUGUAGCUGAGGUAUGAUCUCUGUAAUAUCCAACAUUCAUCACAGAAUAACCCUUUGUUUUGUUCCAAUUUCUAUGAAAAGAUGCACUUUUUUGUUAGCAUUAAGUUGAUGUACACCUCCCCGGUCAUUAAAUCCAAAGUGAAUAGCAGUUCAAAAACAUGGUAAGAAAUAAGCCACAACAGGUCCUUCUUAGACUCUUUUACAAUAAAUAUUCCAUCAUUUAAGUGUCAACAGAAGGGCCACCAAGGUCAAUGUACUUCCACAAUAUGGGACUAGUAUCGCCUCAUGUUUGAUAACUGCCUAAUAUUCUGCUUCUAGUCGCAUCUAUAGUAACAUAUAAAGGACUUUUACAAACAUAUCAAAUAAAGAGUACAAAUGCUAUGAAUUUGAUAGCCUAUAUAUGUUUGUACUGUAGAUGAUAGUUUUAUGUUUUUAUAAAUAUUUUCAUCUGUGAUCUCUCGUUAAAUUGUUUUUUAUUUAAUAUCUGUAGAAUUGUGCAAAACAGCAGGCUGUCAUUUAGGAGAUAGUUUAUCAUACCGUUAUAUGUGUUAAAUUAAAAUUCAGUUGGCGUGAAGCUGUGAUUUCUCAUAUUUUUCAUAUACCGCAUCAAACUCAUCAAUAAAAUUGGUAUUCUGCUUUUA